GCUUUCUGCAGAUGCCCAAAGACAGAGAGGCAGCUGGCUUAGGCAUCAGCGACACAGCUAGAAGACAGCCAUUACCUGAGACAAAACCGCCUUCGAACACUGUGGCAGUUCUGACCCUGCUUCAGCAUCUAAUCUCAAGGCAGAGGCAAGAAGGGAAGGGAGAGCCCAGGGAUAAGAAGACGACCCCAGCUCUCUGGUGAUGGCAUGGAUCGGACACUUUUCCAGCAGCUGUUUUACCUACCUCUCAGUCCUGUCACUGUCCAGUAUCCCCGAAGUGCCAAGGCACAAGACUGAUGCACAGCCGCUCUUAGCAACCCAGCCAUGGCCGGAGAUUCUAGGAUCUUCAUGAACCAGGACAUGGACAUUGGAGUUUCAUCCAGAGAGCCUAAGAAGAUUCCCAAACAGGCUCGGGAUGAUGUUCCCAUUGCCACUGACCGAACCCGCCUCAUAUCAGCAGAAGGUAAGAAGCCACGCCAGCGUUACAUGGAGAAAAGUGGCAAGUGCAAUGUUCACCACGGAAAUGUUCAAGAAACCUACCGAUACCUUAGUGACCUCUUCACUACACUGGUGGACCUCAAGUGGCGUUUUAAUCUUCUGGUCUUCACUAUGGUCUAUACCAUCACUUGGCUGUUUUUUGGGUUCAUAUGGUGGCUCAUUGCCUAUAUCCGGGGAGAUCUGGACCAUCUUGAAGAUGAGAACUGGAUCCCCUGUGUUGAAAAUCUCAGCGGAUUUGUUUCUGCGUUUCUGUUUUCUAUUGAGACUGAGACAACAAUUGGGUAUGGCUAUAGGGUCAUAACAGAGAAGUGCCCAGAGGGCAUUGUAUUGCUCCUGAUUCAGGCUAUUCUGGGCUCCAUUGUCAAUGCGUUCAUGGUGGGAUGCAUGUUUGUCAAGAUCAGCCAACCAAAGAAGAGGGCUGAAACCCUCAUGUUUUCUAACAACGCAGUGAUUUCGAUGAGGGAUGAGAAGCUCUGUCUAAUGUUUCGGGUCGGGGACCUCCGCAAUUCCCACAUUGUCGAGGCUUCCAUUAGAGCCAAACUGAUCAAGUCCAAACAGACCAAAGAGGGAGAGUUCAUCCCCUUGAACCAAACGGACAUCAACGUGGGAUUUGACACCGGAGAUGACAGGCUGUUCCUGGUCUCGCCUCUCAUCAUCUCGCAUGAAAUCAAUGAGAAAAGCCCCUUCUGGGAGAUGUCCCGCACCCAACUGGAGAAAGAGGAGUUUGAAAUCGUGGUCAUCCUGGAAGGAAUGGUGGAAGCAACAGGGAUGACUUGCCAGGCUCGCAGCUCCUACAUGGAUACCGAGGUGCUGUGGGGACAUCGCUUCACUCCUGUCCUCACCCUGGAGAAGGAUUUUUACGAAGUCGACUAUAACAGCUUCCAUAGCACUUAUGAGACCAACACUCCUGUGUGCUGUGCCAAAGAGUUGGCCGAGUCUCGCCGGGAAGGCCGGCUCCUCAGCCACCUCUCCAGUGCCACCCUCCUGAGCGGAGGCAGAGAAGCAGAGACAGCAGAAGAGGAGGAAGAGGAACAGGAGAGGGAGCCGGCAGGGUUGAAUGGAGCCAAUGGAACAGCAGGAGACGUGAAAGAAGACAUGUCUGUAUAACAUGUGAACUCUGCUGGACAGUAGAUACCCAUAUACGCUUACU